AUGCCUGAACUGGAGGAUGCGGUCUGCCCCAUUUGCCUGCUGGAAGAAGAGACUCCUUCACAUCUUCUCGUCUAUUGCCCCUUUGCAUGGAAUAUUUGGAUGGCCAGUUACAAAUGGUUGGGUAUUUCAACUGUUCUACCUAAAGAGGGUAUAAAUCACUUCCUUCAACACACUUUCUUUUGCUGGUCUAGGAAUCAAAGGAGGGGUGCUUGGGUUGUUUGGAUUGCUGUUAUUUGGUCUAUUUGGUCUCAUCGAAAUGCAAUCAUAUUUAAAGAAGGGGAUAUUGACAUUGAUAAAGUUAUUGAUGAUCUGCAAUUCAAGUCUUGGAUUUGGCUCCGUGGAAAGUUUAAAGACUUUGGAUGCUCUCUCUAUGAAUGGCAAACUCAUCCAUCAAUUUAUCUGUCACUGCUCUAA